AUGGAUAGUUUGAAGAUUACUUUGUGGGGUUGUGUUACAAAGUACAUGUCAAAUGUCAAAUGGAAUCGUCAAAUGGAAUCGUCAAAUGGAAUCGUCAAAUGGAAUCGUCAAAUGGAAAUGUCAAAUGGAAAUGUCAAAUGGAAAUAUCAAAUGGAAACGUCAAAUGGAAAUGUCAAAUGGAAAUAUCAAAUGGAAAUGUCAAAUGGAAAUAUCAAAUGGAAAUGUCAAAUGGAAAUGUCAAAUGGAAACUUUCGUUUUACUUGA